CCAUAUACCGGUACUCUUUGACCGUGCUAAACCAAACGACGUGGCAACAAUGCAGGGUUUCCUCAUUAUUGUUGGUAUUUUGCUGGGAUUGUUAGGUAUUGUGGAAAGCGGAAGAUGCAUCUCCGAAGACGAGAUUGAUAAACUUAUCGAGAGAAAAAUGGAAACCGCCAUGAAAAAAUAUGACAGAAAAAUUGCUCUCUUGGAAGAAAAAAUUCAUUCCCAUGAAAAGAAAAUUCGAACCCUUGAAGAGAAACGUUCAAGUCUAGGUGCGGAAGAAGAAGGAAAGAACUCUAUACGCUUUCACACAGUAAACAAACAAGAUACUAACACCAUCCUACAGAAAAAUCCUGAACAGAAACCAACCAACGGACAUGUUGCCAUGAAAAGAAUAGUCCCAGGUACUUCCGACAUUGUUGCAUUUUGUGCUUACAUGAGUACGUCAGAAGCUAAUCCAAGUCUACACCACGUAUUAGUGUUCGACAACGUACAAACAAACAUUGGAUCCGCCUACGAUAGGAUUUCUGGGAUGUUCACAGCACCGGCUGAUGGAGUAUAUGUGUUUACUUGCACCAUUUUUUCAGAUAGACAUUCCUUUAUUUACUCACAGAUGGUAGUAAACACUCAACCAUUUACAAACAUGAUUACAGACAGUGAUGAAGUGAGUGACUUCCACUCUUCCACCGGGGUAAUUGUUGUAAGUCUGAACCGUGGUGAUAAGGUGUAUAUUCGAACACACCCAACUUACCUAUCUCAUGGAAGUGUGCAUAGUGGUGUUUUCGGCAAUACUUUGUUUAAUGGUUGGAAAUUGUAAUCUUAUUGCUGGAAAAUAAAAUAAAAUGUAUACGCAAGAAAGUUUAAAAUAAAGAGGAGAACU